UUCAUGGUAGCAGAGAAAGGGCAGUCGUGGGAUUUGCUCUAGUGUCUUCCCCAGGGGACGGCAGCGCCAGCAGAGGUGGCCGUACACAACCGCGGGGCAGAAGCGGAUUCAAUCGGCACAGACACUUCUACAGGGACUUGCCUGAACCUGGCCUUAGGAAGGCUGCCCUGCUGUCCCUUUGAUUGAUGUGAGGCCAUAGGCAUUGCUGGCUUGGGGUGCCUUUAUCUACUUCGGAGUAUGAAGUGAAUAGAGUGAUGAUUUUGUUUUGCUAUUGCUCUGUUUGUGCAACUUCUGGUAUUGUUCUUAAAAUAGCCUACCAAGAACUUAAUGUUAACACCCAGACAGCGUGGUAACUGCUUUUAAUGGUUUCGUGAUCGAUAGUUAUAAAUCAUGGGUGCACUCUAAUAUGGCUGAGUAAGUAGGGUCUGUGUCCUCAGCCACCCUGCUUGUCUUUUCGUAUGCUUCCUUGCAUUAGUUAUACUGAUUUUUAUUUGUUUUAAUUAUGUGUUGGAAAUAAGAAAUCAAAACUGGUAGUUUCUGCUUAUUGAGUGUCAUGAUUAGAAUUGUCAAAUAGUAAUGUGAUAGUGGAAAGAAGACAUUUUUCAAUAUUUUGAUGUUAAAAAGAAUUGCCAGAACCUACAUUUUCUAUUGAAUGAAAAAAACAAUCCAUUAAAUUAUCUUCACUUUUUGUUAGGAGAAGGAAACAGCGUUCUGUUAAAAUGAUUGGUUAUUUGUUAAUUUAGAGUGCUGAAAAAUAUCGCCCUCUCUCUCUCUGAAAUUAAUUAUUUUCUUACACUGCACAGGAGGAACUGUUUUGUAGCUCCAGAAUAGGCAGCAGCUUAUGAAAGUAGACAGAUUUGGAGGUGGGUUGCUUUAGGGAGGUAGUCUGGAAGAACGUCUGAUGUUGCUUAUCUUCUGUAUUACACUUGGCAAAUCAACAGAAGAUAGUUUCCUAUCGAAUAUUGUUUGUUCUUUUGUCUGCUUUAGUUGUUGAAACACGGAGUUUAUGAAGUGAGCUUUCCACUGGAAGACAGGAGUAAAAUGGAGCCCCUAUGUGUUCUUUCAGCAGCGGCCCUGCUUGCUCAGGCUGAACAACCCCAGCUCUCUCAGCCCGUCCUCGUAUGGGAGGUGCUCCAGACCUCCAAUCAUCUUCGUGGCCUCCUCUGGACUCGCUCCAACAGGUCCAUGUCCUUCCUCUGCUGAGGACUCCAGAACUGAAUGCAGCACUCCAGGUGAGGUCUCACAAGAGUGGAGCAGAAGGGCAGAAUCCCCUCCCUCACCCUUCUGCUCACACUUCUUUAGAUGCAGCCCAGGAUGUGGUUGGCUUUCUGGGCUGCAAACGCACGUUGCUGGCUCACGUCCUGUACGGAUAUUUUAUUGGAAAUUAAAAUGGCCCUGGCAGAGCAGUGUAAUCCAGUGGGAUGUCCCUGCCCGUGGCAGGGGGGUUGGAACUGGAUGAUUUUUAAGGUCCCUUCCAACCCAAACUAUUCUAUGGUUCUAAGAUUCUAACUCAUUUUGGCUUACUUCAUUUUUGGAAGUAAAUUACAUUGGUGAAUGCUAUUCAGGCUCUAAGGAAGGGUUGCUUGGCUUUGGAUUUGAUCCUGUUUGCAUUGAGAUGAUCCAAAAUCGGUGCCUUUAAUUGGGAUGGAGCUCUGCAGGGUCACAGGGUUUCUUGGCCGCACUCCACAGGGAAGUGAGUCCGUAUUGAAACCAGGUUGCAACCGCUUCUUUGUGGAAUCGGAGUCCCGUGCCCGGUGGUUGGCAGCUUUCCCUCCCGCUGAAGCCGAGCAGCGAUGAAGUUUAUUCUUUUUCUUUUGGUCAGGCUCCUGAGGAUUUGGGAUUUAGUAGAAGUCUGCUCCUAAAGCCUAAUUAGUUCGGUUUCAGGCUCAGAGAUGCGCCUGCUGCUGCCGCUUGCUUUGGCGCAGCAGCUCCUCAGCCCCUCCUGGACGGAAUACGCGACGUAAUCCUCGUAUCUGCAGUAAAAUCAUGAAUCUUCUACAACAGAGGAUCCAGCACUGCAGGGAUUUGGCUGUGGAGAAUAGCUGACCUUCUGCUUGGAUCAGUCUUGCCUGUUGUACUGUUACAGUUGUGCAUUGGACAGGUGGAGGCAAGGUGAAGGACACGAUGUUCAGCCUGAAUUGUGCAAGAAGUGAGGGAUAUGUCCAAGAGCUGUUCCAUGAGGAAGCACAGCAGGUAUCUCAAACGCAGACCAAGCCCUGGUGGAAGAUCCAGCUGUUUGUGUGGGAGCCAGUGCUUUUUGGAACAUGGGAUGGUGUUUUCACUUCCUGCAUGAUCAACAUUUUUGGAGUGGUUCUUUUUCUGAGGACGGGAUGGCUUGUGGGAAACACUGGCAUUGUAAUGGGCAUGUUUCUGGUGUCCUUUGUCAUCUUGGUCGCCCUGGUGACUGUCUUAUCUGGAAUUGGAGUGUGUGAGAAGUGCAGCAUCGGAAGUGGAGGAGUCUACUCUAUGAUUUCUACUGUCCUUGGAGGCCGAGUAGGGGGUACCAUUGGCCUCCUUUAUAUUUUUGGGCAGUGCGUUGCAGGUGCCAUGUAUAUCACCGGCUUCGCAGAGUCCAUUGCAGAUGUCCUGAGCCUCAGCAACAUCUGGGCAGUCCGUGGGAUCUCUCUGGCUGUCCUCUUGGGCCUUCUGGGUAUCAACCUGGCUGGUGUGAAGUGGAUCAUCAGGCUCCAGCUCCUGCUGCUCUUCCUACUUGCUGUCUCAACACUGGACUUUGUCAUUGGGUCCUUUAUGCACCUUGAUCCAGAGUAUGGCUUCGUUGGCUACUCUGAAGAGCUCAUGUUCAACAACACACUGCCAGACUACAGCCAGGGGGAGUCCUUCUUCACUGUUUUUGGAGUGUUUUUCCCAGCUGCCACAGGUGUGAUGGCUGGGUUCAAUAUGAGCGGAGAUCUCCAGAAGCCUGCUACCAACAUCCCCCUGGGGUCUCUGGCUGCUAUUGGCACCUCGUGGUUUCUGUACAUGGUCUUUGUUUUCUUGUUGGGAGCUGUUUGUACCCGUCAGGCACUUCGCUAUGACUUCAUGAUAGCAGAAAAGGACUGGUUUUCCCCUCUGGAACACAGGGGUUUGUCUUCCUGUUUUGGAUGGUUGGAAGCCUGGGCAGCUUUUCCUGUAUCCUUGGUGGGUUUCUUGUUUUUGCUAGGGCUGUACAUCUCAUCCUUGGCCUCCUGCAUGGGAGGGCUGUACGGAGCACCCAGAAUCCUGCAGUGCAUCGCCCAGGAGAAUGUGAUCCCCAUGCUCGCCUUCCUUGGACGUGGGAAAGGACCCAACAAGACUCCAGUGGCUGCAAUUUGCUUAACAACUCUCAUCACCAUGGCUUUCGUCUUCAUUGGGCAAGUGAACGUUCUUGCUCCCAUAGUCACCAUCAACUUCAUGUUGACAUAUAUUGCUGUAGACUAUUCCUUUUUCUCAGUUUCCUUGAGCAACAAUAUUCAGCAAAAACCUGCUGAGACUCAGAUGGAAAAUGCUAAGCCUGCUCACUCUGCCCAGCCUUUAAUUUUCAACAAGUCCUCCAGCCGUGCGGUAGAUGGAAUAAUUCAAAACAGAUCAAAUGGCACCUUACUGGAAUUCGCUAAGGACAUGGACCAACUUUUUAAACCAUUUUGUAGUGAACCAGCUUCCUGCAAAAAAGGAAGAGAUGAGACUUUAACCCAAAAGGUCAAACAGAAGAAGGCUAAGAAGCCAGCCAAGCAGAUGUUAGAAGAUAGCUUUCUCCUUGAUCUCCAUCACAAUUUUCCCCCAGCUCAGUAUGGAGGGGAUGAGAUCGUGGAGCCCCACAGUGAGAGCCAGCAGGACUUGACUGAGCAGCGGCGUGACAUGCAUCCAUGCUCAUCACUUGCUGUGGACACCCAUCAGACACCCGAGCUGCUAACACGGGAGGAUCAGCUUUGCAGUGCAGCGCCUGCGCUCCCUGGCCACAUGGGAGAAGAAUCAUCUAUAAAGCAACAAAAUCCAGAGCUGGGAACUCAGCAAAUACCAGAAUCCUUCUACUCCAAAUUCUGCAACCACUGGGUUUCCUUUGCUGGUGCGAUCAUGUCCCUCGUCAUAAUGUUUGUCAUUCAAUGGAUCUACACCCUUGUCAGCCUGGGUGCAGCGGUUAUUCUGUAUUUCUACAUUGGCCAAGUGAGCCCAGGGCUCCCUCUUGGAGCAGCAGCAAAUUUCAGUUUCUUCAGCUGGAUUAAGUCAGUUUUGAUCACCUUGUGCAGGAGAAGGCCAUCUCCUAAGGAGCAGAUCGUGGUGACACCAUCGUUUGCGACAGUUGGCAUGGAGACCACGCAACUCACCGAGGAGAACACAGACUUCGCCUCACGGGACCGCUAUCACCAAUCCUCACUUAUCAGCACAGAGGAGUUUGGGAAUCAAUUCCAAUAAAGGACACGCACAAAAAAUCAAGCCAUUACUUCAAAAAGCAUUUAGAAAUGCUAAUGGUUGCCACGGUGCCUUGUGAAAUACUUGAAUAUGGAAAGGAUGUGAAUAGUUAUUUAUAUAUUUGAGGCUUGCUUGUUUAUGCAAACAACAUUGCUGGGUUUCAAAUCUUAUCCAAAAUGGGGUAAAAAAUGCAAAUUGAAAGGGCCAGUCCAGGGGAGUGAUGAGUUACUGAGGACAAUAUAAUCCUUUUAAAGAAUUCAAUUAUCAGCACUAUUGAGCUCUGAAGACCGUCACCACUAUAAAAGCUUACAACACCCCAUUUCAAAUGUCCUCUGGGUGUCUAGGGACGCUUUGUGCCUGGGAGUGGUGACCUCAGCAGCAGGAGCCAGUGCCCCACUCCCAGCUGUGCCACGGAUGAAUGCGACCUUCCAGGUCAAUUCACUUCUCCUCUUGGCAUGAAUUUGCCUGCUUGUAAUACAGUAAUUUUCUACCUCAGCAUUUCAGUUAGCAAGGUCUUAGAAAAUACGUUAAGGCAUUAGACAAUAGGCCAGCAUCAGUGAAAAGUGCAAGAAGAUUAUGAAAUAUGUUCACAACUAGAAUCAAAUCUGCACAUUUAAAUGCGGUAUUGCAGUAUAAUGACCUCUACUGUGAAACUAUGAAAUGAUGUCUUAGAAGCUGUUCACAGUGAUUUCCCGCAUCCUUUCUGAUGUGACGCCUGGGACGUGAAAACGUGGCUGAGUCUAAACAGAGCAACUCCUGGCUGAAGGGACAGAUGAUUCACAAGUGCCUUAACAAAAUACGUUUAGCCUUAUCUUUGCUAAUUUUGGUUAAAGCCCAUCCCAUAGUGAGCUCCCACAAGGAGCCAUUUCUUCUGCUGCCAUGAUUUGGAAUGUGGGAGGUUCAGCAGGGAAUGCUGCAGGAUUUCCUGCACAGACCUCAGGGCUGGUGGGUUGUAGCUGUGGGGUGGGGUCCAGUCUUGCGUGGACACCCCGUCACCAUCGCUCUGCUCCUCAGGGGGAAAAAACUCUCCAUUGAGUGCUGUCCUGCCUGCAGGCAGUGGUCGUGGCAGGGAUCAGGGGAGUGCGAUGGAGGGCUCUGUGUUGACACAAGCCCCACCAGCACAAACUGUUCUGAUGCUAAAAGGGGGAAAUUACUGUUCUUCACUUCCUCUCACCUCUGAUUGUUUCACCCUGUAGAUUAUUUAUUUCUCCUUCUGUGCAAUAAAAUCUUGAGA